AUGAUGUCAGACGAUCGGGUUGCUAUAGCUACACGUAAAAGAAAAAUUGCCGAACUUGCUCGCGGUAUUAGGAAAAAAUAUUUGUUAUUUAAAUUGGGUAGAUCGGAAGAAGAUGAAUCUAUAAAUAAACUAUUUAAACCGCUAUCUGAUCCGCUUAAGGAGAUUGUACAAUCCUCUAAGAUAUUAAAUGAGUCCGUCGGUAGGAUUAAGAAGGAGGAACCACUAUUUACUCCUAAGAAAACACCAUCAACACCAUCGAGAAUUCCUCAAAUUAUCCGAAAAUUAAAAGAAAAAGAAGAAACGCCGUUUCUUUCUUUAGAAGAAAUAGCUAGAGAUGAUGGUGAUGGUGAUGAUGAUGAUGAUGAUGAUAAUCAAAGGUCUAGAGAAGGGCAACAAGAAGCAAGUUUUUCGGAACAAGUAAUGGAUGAAUACCUAGAACAAUAUCCAGUCAUGUCCCAUCCAUAUAUUAAAGCUCAUUGGUCAUAUAGCCCGAUAAUAGAUGAUUUAUAUGGACCCACCUAUGAUCCUCCAAGUUCAAAAUGGUUUCUAGGAACAAAAGAAAUUGAUUUCGAUAAAAAAACCGGAUACAUUAAGAUAGAGGGAAAGCAAGUACGGGGAACGCCUGGACUUUAUCAACUUAUUUUUUAUCGUGAUCCUGACGAUUACAAUGAUGAAGAUUUAGCUGCAUACAAGGGAUUAUUAAAAUUAACCGAUAAUUAUUUAAAGAAAGAUGGUAAUUUAAAAGGAACAGCAAGAAAUAAAUGGACGCAUAUUCUUAAAUUUAUUGUUGAGCGCAAAAUGCCUCCUUCAGGUAGUGGUCUCACAUAUAACGAAAAACCUAUAGAGUACGUAUAUUGGGAUGAUCCAAAUGAGCUAGUUGAUCGUUUAAAACUACUAAUAGCGUCUAAGGACGCCGGAAAUACAUCUCAUGAUAAUGAAAUUGUUGCCAUUAUCAACGAACUAAAAGAGGCUAAUAUAAUACGUUAA